GUCUCCAACAAGAGAAAGGAGACAUGAUUGACAGAAAAAUCAGAUUUAGUAUCUUGACAAUUUUCGGUAUAAGUUGGAGUGUAAGUUAACCAUUUCAUGUUUCAAGCAGUUGGUUUUUAAACGGUUAUGUGUGUGUAAGAAGCAAUUAUCUUUUUAGUAAACAAAAUUUGAAGAUUCGCUCGAAUUGAGUCACAUCACAUGUAAAAAAAAUAAAAUGUUAAUUUUGGAAUUUGGAAAUAAGAUUGAAUAAGAAAGCAAACGGAAAAUAAACAAUACAAGAGUGAUAAUAAGACAACAGAAGAAUUUAUAGAGAAAUAAUAAAACAACGCAAGUGGAUAAGGAGAAAAAAUUUAAAUUAUGUUCAGUACGUGCCUCACAUCCUGAAAGUAAUUAAUUUAAUUUUAAUGGAAAUAUUCAAAAGACGCAUCCUAAAAUAUUUUUUAAUAUAAUAUUGAAACGCACCACACGUAUCCCAGAAGGGAAGGGCAUAUCGGGAUGCGACUCAAUAAUAGACUUUUAAGUUGCAAAGAUUAAGGAAUACUAUGGUUGGACAUACUAAGAAAAAAGACGCCACCGGUAAUCAUCAAAUGAAUGGAGGAUCUACACAACAUAGAAGCAAAAAACAAAAUGAUACACAAAAGAAAGAAAAGGAAAAAAAAGAAAGGGAAAGCUUGGUGUUGUGGCGGAAACCACUAACCACUGCAGAAUAUUUUUUUCGAGAAUGUACUGAGUUAGCUUCUUUAUAUGGCAAAAAAUUUUUAGCAAAUAAAGUAAUCUUGGGAGUAAUUUCAAUUGUAGUAGUAUUUUUGUACAUAUUAAUAAAUUCCAAAGGACCACACCAGUCUUUAGUACAAGGAAUGUAUAAAAAAGUUUUAUGGUGUUUAUAUUGGGUAGGAUUAGGGAUUUUAUCUUCAGUAGGUUUAGGUACCGGACUUCAUACGUUUUUGCUAUAUCUUGGACCUCAUAUAGCUCAGGUGACAUUAGCAGCUUAUGAAUGCGGUAGCUUAGACUUUCCGGAACCGCCUUAUCCAGAUGAGAUAAUUUGCCCCAAUAAUGGAAAAAUGGCAUCAAUCACUUUUCUUAGUAUAAUGUCUAAAGUUCGAUUGGAAGCGAUGUGUUGGGGAGCAGGAACUGCUUUGGGAGAAUUACCACCAUAUUUCAUGGCAAGAGCGGCAAGGCUUUCUGGAAUAGAUCCUGAUGAUGAUGAUGAAGACCUUAAGGCAUUUGAGGAAUUGGAAAAGAAACGGAAAAAUAAUAGAGACGAAUUAACUUUGAUGGAAAAAGGAAAAUUGUUCAUUGAGGAAAUAGUGCAAAAAGUAGGAUUUCUGGGGAUAUUAGCGUGUGCUAGUAUUCCAAAUCCCCUGUUCGAUUUGGCUGGUAUAACUUGCGGACAUUUCUUAGUACCAUUCUGGACAUUCUUCGGAGCUACCCUUAUAGGAAAAGCUGUGAUAAAGAUGCACAUCCAAAAAAUGUUUGUGAUAAUAGCAUUCAACGAAACCUUGAUAGAAACAGCCUUAGAUUGGCUCAAAUUAGUUCCUUUUGUAGGAACAAAGUUACAAGUACCAUUUAAGUCCUUUUUAGAUGGACAAAAACAAAAAUUACAUAAAAACUCAGCCAAAAAUAUUUCAGAAGGUGGCGGCAACGUAUUAGGCUCUAUUUUUGAAAAAUUUGUCAUUGCAAUGGUAUUAUAUUUUGUUAUUUCUAUAGUGAAUUCAUUCGCGCAAUCUUAUCAUAAAAGAAUACACAAAAAAAAGAAUAUUAAAGCUAGUAAAAAUUGAAUAUAUAAAAAUUAAUGAUCAUGAAAUGUUAUUAAAAAAGUCAAAACAUUUGUAUUGGUAAUGGUGAUUAUUUUCAAAUUUUAUGUUCAUUAUGUUUAAAUUGAUAUAGAAACAGGGGAUCUUAAAAAAAUAUCAAUAAAUAUAAAAUAAAAACAUUAACCCAAAAUCUAUAAAAAGUCUACUCAAAUUUCAAACGAAUUGGCUUCUCACUAGCUGGCAAAAAUUAAUAAAAUAUAGAUAAAAAUUUUGUUUUUAAUAUUAAAACUCUUUUAAUUAAAACAUUCAUAUUUGAGUAUGCUUAAAUGACUUGAGUCAUUUAAAUGGACAAAUCCUUAUAUUAUUUAUGAUUCCACCCUGAACUUUAUAUUAAUAAUUCCUUUUAUACCUUUAUAAUUUGAAAUGCAGGAUUUUUCAAAAUUAAAUUUGGUUAAUAAACAAUCUAGAAAUUUA